UUAGCAACGGAGAGAACUCGAGGAUAGCUGUUACCCCAUUUUGAGAUAAUCAAAAAAUAUUGUUAGGAUUACGUAACAAAUUGACAAGAGGUGUAAUACAUACGUUUAUUUCCGAGGAGUGAUUGUCACUUGUUGUCUUUUUUGAAAGAUUAUUUUUUUCUGUUUUAUUAGGGCAUUGUACAGAUUGCUAAUUUCGCUAGCGCACGUUCGCUAGCUAGCUUCUUAGCGUAGCAUCUUCCUCCAGUAGCCAGGGCAGGCAGUAAAAAUUAACGUUAGCUUGCUAGCUAGCCGUUAUCAGAUCGCUAGCAGAGCUGUCACACAAGCCAACACCGCCUCAUCAUCACCGUUUUUUUUUUUCUGUGUGCCUGGUUCGCUUUAUAAUAUUGGAAAACAAACUGCACACGUUGUCGUUUAUGGGAUCACCAUGUCAAUGAAGGCCGGUGGAACUCGCAAGCCCGGCGGUGGCAGCGCUGCUGGUGCCGCCGCCUCAGGUGCAGGGGGAAGCGGCGGGGGACGACAGAAUUUGGGCAGAGGACGACACAGUGGCAAAGGUCCAUCUGCAGCAGUCGUUUUCAAUGGUGUAUAUGCAAAUAUGAGGAUGGUCCACGUGUUGACAUCAGUAGUGGGGACCAAAUGUGAGCUGAAAGUAAAGAAUGGAACUGUCUAUGAAGGAGUUUUUAAAACAUAUGGCCCAGAGUGUGACCUGGUCCUGGAUGCAGCCCACAGAAAGAGCCCUGAACCAAGUGCAGGCCCAAGAAAAGAGGACAUUGUUGAGAGCAUUAUGUUCAAGGCCUCUGACGUAGUAGUGGUGACCUUCAAAGAUGUGGACCUCAAUUUUGCCAGGAAAGUCUCCUCUGACUCAGACAACUUCACAGAUGCAGCAGUGAGCGGAAGGAUCAAUGGGGAGCACAAGGAGAAAGAUCUGGAGCCCUGGGAUGGAGGCGAGGCACACACCUCAGACAGCUUGGAGUCCUUGGACACUGAUGUGUCUAAUGGAUGGGACCCAAAUGACAUGUUCAAGUACAAUGAGGAGAAGUAUGGAGUCCUGUCUACAUAUGACAGCAGCCUGUCCACAUACACGGUCCCUCUGGAGCGGGACAACUCAGAAGAGUUCUUAAAGAGGGAGGCACGUGCUGCCCAGCUGGCGGAGGAGAUUGAGGCCAGCGCCACAUACAAGGCCCGUGUGGCCCUGGAGAAUGACGAGCGCUCUGAGGAGGACAAAUACACAGCUGUGGUGCGGGGGGAGAGGGAGAUGCAUACACUUGCCAGAGAGAAUAAAUAUGUUCCCCCCGGCCAGCGAAACAGAGAAGCUAUGUCUUGGGGUGCUGGACGUCAGAAUUCACCCCGUCUGGUCCAGAGUUCUGCCGGAACUCCAACUGCCCGACCAGGGCCUCACGAUUACAGUCCCAGCUCUGGGGCUGACCAAAGGGUGGUCAACGGAGGUUCUUCCCAUUGGCCCUCACCCUGUCCAUCUCCCUCCUCUCGCCCCCCUUCACGUUACCAGUCUGGUCCCUCCUCCCUGCCUCCCCGGGCUGCCACGCCCACCAGGCCACCUUCCAGACCCCCUUCCCGACCUUCCAGACCUCUUUCUCAUCCCACUCACCCCUCCUACCCCUCGUCCUCAUCUUCCUCGGCCCACCAUGGGCCCACGUCGCCAGUCUCCACCCUGCCCAAACGCAUGUCUUCGGAAGGUCCGCCCAGGAUGUCCCCAAAGUCCCAGCGGACACCCCGUGCCCACAGAGUGCCACCCUGCCGGAACACCACAGUUCCUCCUGGAGUGGACUUCAUCUCCCACAAUUCCCCAGGAGAGGUCCCAGUGACUCCACCAACCAGAAACAGCUCCUCAGGAGGAACCUGGUCCUCAGUGGUCAGUGGAGCACACCGACCCCGCUCCCCUCGUCAGAAUAGUAUGGGUGGAGCGUCCCCCAACUCCUCCUCCCUCCCAUCCCCCCAGACAGGGACGGUGCCUGUGGAAACAGUUACCACCCCAACGUCAGCACCCUCUCCUACCGCUGCUAGCCCCGCCCCCAACAUGGUGGCCACUCCUUCAGUAGAAGCAAAAGAGUGUCGUGUCCAGGAGACAAGACAAACGUCCCCGACGGCCAACAAGGAGAAUGUCAAGCCCCUUGACAGUUCCCCGAGUGUCACAAGACCAGUCUCCAAAGGACCUCCUUCCAUGGCACCCGACCACAGAAAACAAAUAGACAAUUUAAAGAAAUUUAGUGUGGACUUUAGGUUGCAGCCCAGCUCCAACCCAGACCCUGUAUUUGACCAGAUGAUGACCAAGCCUCCCAGAGAUUCAGGGGAAAAGCCCAAGGACCUUCCCCCGGAUAAGGCCUCCACAGUAGGACAGGAGGGCAGCAAUGAAGGGGUAGUGGUGGUGACGACUGGCACCCCCAGUGGCGCUCCAGCUGCCACUGCUACAAGUACCUGUAAACCGGGGAGCCCCACCACUCCUUCAUCCUCCUCCCCAUCAGGCCCGGACCAGAAGAGGGCAGCACCAGAUGUGACAUCACAGGGGGUUCAAACAACAGCCACGAUCACGUUCAGUGGGCCAAAGUCUGAGGACAAGGAGGAGAAAAAGGAGGCUGUGCAAGAUCAAGUGAAGAAGUCGACCCUGAACCCGAACGCCAAUGAGUUCAAGCCCCGUUUCAAUACACAGCCCAAGCCAGCCAACACCCCCACACCUCCUCGGCCCCAGGGCCAGCCCAGCCCCUCCAUUGUUGUCCAGCAGCCCCCGGCUGUGUAUGGUCAGACAGUGUGCUUUCCCCAGAUGUACCCCCUCACACCAGUCAGCCCUGGUGUACAGAAAAGCAUAAUCUGGAAGUCUCCAGCUAUGUACCACGUUCAGAUGCCUCAUAUGACGGUCAGCCAGUCCAAACCCUACAGACCAGGUAAAGUACCCAACAUGCCCCAGCAGAGGUCAGACCAGCACCACCCCCCAGGCACACCUACCAUGAUGCAUCCGGCAACAGCAGCACCGCCCAUUGUAGCACCAAGCCCUGCCUACUCUGCUCAGUACUUCACUUGCAGCCCACAGCAGUUCACUAGUCAGCCCCUGGUCCAGCAAAUGCCACAUUACCAGUCGCAGGCACAGCAUGUGUUCAGUUCAGUCAUGCAGGGCAGUGCCAGAAUGAUGGCCCCUCCCACACAUGGUCAACCCAGCCUUGUCUCCACUUCCACUACGCAGUACCCAGAGCAGACACACACCAUGUAUGUGUCGCCAGGGCCAAUGCCCCAGCAGUAUCCCCACCACAGCGCGACGCUACAUGCUCACCCACAGCACCCCCAACCCUCAGCCACUCCCACGGGCCAAGCCCAGCAAGGUGCCCCACCGCAGCAUGGAGGUCCCCCUAGCCACCCGGCCCCGAGCCCAGUCCAGCACCCCCAGCAUCCGCAGGCUGCAGCAGCGGCGGCAGCAGCCCAGGCCCUCCACCUGGCCAAUCAGCCUCCUCAGCAGCAGAUGUACUCAGCCCUGGCCCCCACGCCCCCAUCCAUGACCCCCGGACCCAACCCACAGUCUCCCCAGGCCUCUUUCCCCUCUGCCCAGCAGACAGUCUAUAUCCACCCCCAGCAAGUGCAGCACGGUUACAACCCCAGCCACAUGGCACAUGUGCAACAGGCUCAUAUGCAAUCUGGCAUCGUGCCAUCACACCAUGCAACCCCCACCCACCCCCCGAUGAUGCUGAUGGCAACCCAGGGUCCGCCAGGUGGGCCCCAGCCCCCCAUGCCUCCAACCGCCCUCAAUCCCAUCCCUGUCUCUUCCACCACGCACUUCUCCUACCUGACACACUCACAAGUGCAACCUCACCAUCAGCAGCAGCUGUAGAUAGGGGGCGCCAGUGAACUGAGGGACCCCCCACUCUGCCUCGCGCUUGUCAGCCAGAGCCUUCACAACCUAAACCAUGAAGAGAACCGACACCUCUCCUCUCUUUCUUCAUCGACACCAGACAUGUUGCACAUCAGCUUCUCCGCUCCCUCCAUCAGUCCAUUCAUCACUUCAUCCCUCCCCUCAUCCUGCACCCUCCUUACCCAGACCAGGCAAUAAGAGAAUGUCAACAGACUAAUGCAGUGGUGCGCGUUUUAACGAGCAAAUAUUAACUGACAGGAUUGCCCUUACUCUGCCCCCAUUCACACAGACACCAAACACGUAGACAAAGACAUACAGUGCAUACACACAUCCACACAUACACUUUCAAAGGGUCCCAAAUUAACUCGAGUCAGCUUGCCAACUAAGAAGCAAAAGAGAGAGUGAGAACAAUGAAUAAGUGAGAGCGAAAGAGGUGAAUCAACUGGAACUUGUAUUUUGUCUGCACCUUGUUAUGAAAAAAAAAAUCUUCCAACUUUUUAGACAGUAUUAAUUUUACUGUUUAACUUUUGCUGCUGCUGCUAUGUGCUGCGUUUGUUUCAAGACUAAAUGACAGGUUUCUAACCAAACUAAAAACCAUGACGAGAAGCUUCCUGUGAAUUAACAAACACAUUUUGGCAGCCCGGAGACAGGAGGAACGCUAUUUAUGACAUUAUGAUGGCUGAGGUGAUCAGAUCCCACUUCUCACCUGACCAUUAUGUAACUUUUAAGUUAAAAAAAAAAGAAACUUUUACUUUGUAGAUAAUAUAAAUAAUUUAAAAAAUGAGCAAAAAAAUUUAAAAACAAUAAAAAAGUUUUAAAAACUG